AUGACAGGUAAGGAUGAUACGAAAGAACCGAAAAGACUUGUGGGAAGAAGACGACAAAAGAUAGAAAAUCCCAUCGAAAUCGCCAACAAGAUCUCGGACGAUGAAUUCAUUACACAAUAUCUAAAACCUAGCGAUGAUUGGCCAGACUGGAAACAUCCCAAAGAUGAAACAACCUUUGCUCUGAGUCUCGUUCGUCCUACAUGUAUGAGCGAUGAAGACUUGGAAGCAUGCUACAACUUGGUGGAUGAGACAAGCGGUGCAGACUAUCGCAACUCGUCUCUUGGUUGGCAUCCAUCUGUGAAGAAGAAAGAAAUGCGGUCCCCGGAUCUUCGAUAUAUCCUGAUCAAAGAUGGAGAAGGCAGCAUAAAAGGAUUUACAUCCUUUAUGCCCACGUUUGAGAACCAUGAACCGGUUGUUUACUGCUAUGAGAUUCAUUUAAAGCCGGAAUUGCAAGGAACAGGUCUGGGCAAGCAGCUUAUGGGGUAUUACAUGGACGUCGCAGAGAACAUACCAAGUAUAGAAAAAGCCAUGCUCACAUGUUUCGUGAGUAACAAAUCUGCGCUCAAAUUCUACGAAAAGUUGGGAUUCACAAAAGACGAUUAUUCCCCGAGGGAGCGAAAGUUAAGAGGAGGAAAGGUGGUGAUACCCGACUAUGUGAUACUCAGUCGUCCAACGGCCGCAAAGAAGGUGGACGACUCACGAGCUCAUCAACCUGGACGUUAG